CUGUGGGUCCCAGGAGCCCCAAGAGUUGGGAGCAAGACGGGAAAUUGCAAAAGUCCUCACCCCUGUUCCCUCCCCCGUGGCUUUCCCGUAACUCCCGCCCCUAGGCGCUCACCCCGCAGCUGAUUCAUAGCCCGGGCGCGGGCGCCAGGCCGCCUCUGCGCGUCCACACCGACGUCCGCACCGGCGUCUACACCCGCACCUCCCCCUCCCCGCGCCGCCGCGGACUCGGCCCCGCUCGGAGCGCGACGCCGACGGCGUGAGUACCCCGGGGACGCCGGCGCCCCUUCUCGCGCGCCCCCCGCGCUGGGUCGCGCAGCCCGCGGCCCGCCUCCCCGGGUUACUGUGCCCACGGGCGACGGCGAAGACUCGGAAAACUUGGCACACGGUUCCCGGCGGGACGCGGCCGGAAGGGCGGCCGCCCGCCCUCGCUCCUCGGCGCCGCCGUGUGCCCGGGGGCUCGAUCCACUCCCCGACGGUGCUUUUCGGGGUCCUCGCCGCUGGCCCUACCUGGUGCGUAACGCUGAAGAGUAAUUUAUUACGGAGCGCACACCGCAGGAUUCCCCACACCUCCCUCCCUGCUUCUACGGCCACAUCCUCAGCGGAAAACCAGAACCUAUGGCUGUCUUUGCAGGCCUUCAGACAACAUUCCUCGUGGUGCUUCUGCUCCUGAGAACUUUCCAGAAUAAGGUCUUGUCUGAUCCUUUACCGUUGACUCCUGAAUUACUUAACGUUUCCAUCAAUUCUGCACAGCAGUGUUUGAACUUGCAAUGGAGUGUCCACAACCUUUCUCAUCAUCAGGAAUUACAAAUGAUUUUUCAGAUUGAGAUCAGUAGAAUUAAAACAUCCAAUAUCAUCUGGGUGGGGAAUUAUAGCACCACUGUGAAGUGGAACCAAGUUCUGCAUUGGAGCUGGGAAUCUGAGCUCCCAUUGGAAUGUGCAACACACUUUGUAAGAAUAAGGAGUGUGGUGGGUGAUAUCAAAUUCCCUGAGCUGAGGUUCUGGAGCAACUGGAGUUCAUGGGAGGAAGUGGAUGUACGGGAUUCCCUUGGAAAUGAGGCAUUGUUAGUUUUCCCCAAAGACAAACUGGUGGAAGAAGGAUCCAAUGUCACAUUUUGUUACAUUUCUAGGAGCAAUCAAAAUAAUGUAUCUUGUUAUGUGGAAGGUGAACAGAUAUAUGGAGAAGAACUUGGUCCAAAUGCAUUUGCCUUCACCUUGAAUAAUAUUCGUUUUGUUAGGAUAAAAGGGACGAAUAUCUAUUGUAAAAUAGAUCAGGAAGAUAUUUUAAAAGGCGUUGUGCUUUUUGUCUCAAAAGUAAUUGAGGAGCCCAAAGACUUUUCUUGUGAAACUCGGGACUUCAAGACUUUGAAAUGUACCUGGGAUCCUGGGAGUGACCAUAACUCGUUUCAAGAUUUUCCUGCAAACUACACUUUAUUUGAAUCAUUUUCCCAGAAAAAGGAAUUUUGUAAACACAGAAACUGGUGUACUUGGAAAAUAACUCAAGACUCACAAGAAAUGUAUAACUUCACACUCACAGUGGAAAACUCCUUGAGGAAGAGACGCGUCAAUAUUCUUUUUAAUCUGAGUCAUCGAGUUCAUCCAAUGGCUCCACUUGUCUUCCUUGAAAAUGUAAGUGCCACAAAUGCCACUGUCACCUGGAAAAUGCACCCUAUUGGGAAGAUUUCCACGCUUUUGUGUCAGGUUGAACUCCAUGAUACAGAAAAAGUGAUUCAACAGCACAAUGUUUCCGUCACAGUAGAUGGUGAGUACCUGUUAAGUAAAAUGAAACCCGACAGAGAGUAUUUGGCCCAAGUACGCUGUGCUGAUGCUGCCCACUUCUGGAAAUGGAGUGAAUGGAGCAAUCAAACAUUCACCACACUUGAAGCUGCUCCUUCGGAGGCUCCUGAUGUCUGGAGAAAUGUGAAGUCAAUGCCAGGACAUUAUAUUGUGACUUUAUUUUGGAAGCCAUUAUCCCAAUUUCACGCCAAUGGGAAGAUUCUGUUCUAUAACAUAGCUGUAGAAAAUCUAGACAGACCCUCCAGUGUAGAUCUCCUCUCCAUCCCUUCACCGGCCAAUGGCACAGAAGUGGCCCUCCUCGCCCGGGAUUCCUACCAGAUUCGCGUCACGGCCAACAACAGCGUGGGCACGUCUCCUGCUUCCAUCCUUGUCAUCUCUGGGGACCCUGGGCGUGAAGAGGUUGAGGUAGAAAGAGUAAAAGGCACAGAGAAGGGAUUCCCUCUUUCGUGGAAGCCUCAAUCCGGAGAUGCCCUGGGCUACGUUGUGGAGUGGUGUGACCAUCCCCAGGACCGGCUCUGCCGUCUUCAGUGGAAGAAACUGGGCCCCAACACCACAAAUACAGUCAUCAGCUCAGAUGCUUUUAGACCAGGGGUCAGAUACUGCUUCAGAAUCUAUGAAAUAUCUUCAAGGAGGAUUGCUUGUUUAUUAGAGAAGAAAACAGGAUACUCUCAGGAACUGGCUCCUUCAGGCAACCCUAACGUGAUCAUGAGUCAGCUGACAUCCCACUCCUUCACUCUGAGUUGGAAGAAUUAUUCUACUGAAUCCCAACCCAGUUUCAUAAGAGGAUACUCUGUCUAUCUGAAAUCCACAGUGGGAGAGUGCAACACAGGAUUUGAAAAGGCUGUUCUUCCAGGUUUUCAAAUCACAGAUGAUUCAGUAAUUUGCAAAUACAAAAUUAACAACCCGGAAAAAAAGACGUUCAUUGUGGAAAACCUACAGCCAGUGUCCUUCUAUGAGUUUUUCGUCACUCCGUACACAAGUGUUGGCGAGGGCCCCAUUGGUACUUUCACGAAGGUCAGAACUCCGGAUGAAUACUCCCAUAUAUUGAUACCUGUCAUACUGCCCAUGAUUUUCUUUGUUUUGCUCAUCAUGAUCGUGUGCUACUUGAAAAGUGAGUGGAUGAAGGAGAAGUGUUAUCCUGACAUUCCAGAUCCUUACAAGAGCAGUGUCCUGUCAGUAAUAAAAUCCAAGGAGAACACUCACCUGACAAUAAUGAACAUCAACGACUGUAUUCCAGAUGCUAUUGAAGUUAUAAACAAGCCAGAAGGGAGAAAGAUACAGUUCUUUGGCACUGGGAAGUCACUCACAGAAACGGAAUUUACUAAGCCUGUCUACCUUUACCUCCUUCCAACAGGAAAGAAUUACUCAGGCCCUGGACCCUGUGUCUGGUUUGAGAACUUUACCUAUAAUCAGGCAGCUUCUGACUCUGGUUCUUGUGCCCAUCUCCUUUCUCCCCCUACAGCUCCAAGUCAGCUGGGAGUAUUGAACCCACCUGAAAAUCUACAGAAGACACUAGAGAAGAACUACACGAACUCCCUGGAAGAAACUCCAACCGGAGAAACUAGUCUGAAUUAUGUGUCCCAGUUGGCUUCACCAAUGGCUGGCGACAAGGAGAGUCUCCCAACGAAUCCACCAGUGCCAGCACAUUGUUCAGAGUAUAAAAUGCAAAUGGAAGUGCCAUUGGGUCUGGCUUCACUUCCCCCAAAUGAGAGUAGCAGCCUCUCCUCUGUUACCCUUUUAGAUCAAAGUGAACACUGCUAACCAGAAUACCCAUUUCAUUCCUUUAUGCUGCACAGGCACUAAGGCUGCCUCAGGUCGUUCGUCCCAGUGAGCCCUCACCAUUGGCAGGUCUGAUUUAUAUAAGCCCACUAAAAUCUUACCAGGUUUCAAAGGCCAGAAUCUAUGGAAUUCAAUAUUCCUCCUCCUCGGAGGCUUACUCUAGAAGGGGCCGGAUCCUGUGAAGAUGUUUACCUUGCAUAGGGCUAGGCUUUAGCCACUCCACAGACCCCAGGGCCCUAGGAGGUCCAUUUUUAGCAAGAUGUUUUCCAUGAAAUUCUACUCCUGUGUUUAAUAAUUUAAGGGAAAAGGAACCGGAUUUAAGGCUUUAAUAAAGGCCACAGAAGGUUUUUUACUAGAGCAUAAAUUGUCAAUGUAAAUUUAUCCUGAAUGGAUUUAAUGAAAAAGUCAACAAAUGUUUGAGACCCAAGCAUAUUUUAAGAUUGCCUUGAAGUGAUAUAGUUCAUUGACACAGUAAAAUUAACUGGGGAGUGGGGGGUGGUGCAUAGACCUCAUCUAAUAGGUAAGAUGUGUGAAUGAAUCAGAUUCCCAUAAUUCUCCUUUUAUCUGGCUUAUCACAGUUAAAGAAUGGAUUUGGCAAGGAACUCUUCCUGGCUUAGUGUUAACAGUACUCCUGCUUAGAUAUCAGUCUUCUACAAUUUCUGAUGACUACCUCAGAAUGUAAAAUAUAUCAUCUAGUAAUUCCAUUCCCAUUUUGUUCCUCCCUUUCCCCCCAAGAAUUAUAUACAAAUGACCUGUUUCCAUUUAGCAUUCUUUGGACUCUACAAUAAGUUGUCUGGGACAAGGUAACUCCCUCAUUAUCUCAUUUCUAUUCCUAUUAUGCUAAAAUAAAAUGUAACCUCAUUGUUGGAUAUAAUUUUGAUAAAACAGCUGAGUAGUUAUAUGGAAUGGGAAAUUCUAUAUUGGCUCAGGAGCAGCUUUGUUCCUAGUACAUACCAGGUGUUUCAAACUUGUUCCUUUCUCUUCCCUCCGCCUGUCAACCUCUAGUGUUUAUUGGCCACAUUACUAAAUAAGCAUAAAUAGGAAUUCCUUUUUGCUUUGCUUUCUCUGUCAGUGUGGUGGAAAUGACUCUGCCUGUGCUUAUGCCUCUGAUAACAAAUGCCCCACACUGUUCCAUGUAACACUAGGAAAAGAGAGAGAUGAAGUAUUCAUGUUCUCAAAAGAAUGUGGCUGCCAACUGGCCUAAAUAUAUCUACACAAAUCAGUGCUUCUGUUGAGGCUUUUCAACUGUUUCCCUAUAUAUAAUUAAGCCUUUUUGCUGGAAAACUGGUUAUGUGCUCCUAACGUAGUAUAAACCAGUAUCAUUAGUCUAAUAGCUGUGAGAUGCCUUUGGGGCCAGUAUCGUUGUCAUUUAUGCUAUUUUAUUUAUGUUCCUUUGUUAAGAUGCAAUUACACAUUUUUUCACUAGAAACUUGUAUAGAGAAAUAUCAAUGAUUGUUAUGACUGAUAUGUAAAUAGUUUAUUUCCUAUGGAUUUCCUGUAAAAAGUAAUCCACAAAAGCUUAGUCAUUUUUGUUGUUGCUAACAAACCUUAAUUAAAGUAUUUCACCAUUGCAUUA